UCACAUAUUUAUGUUUGGCGAAUCAAAGAAGCGUCCUUGAAGCGAAAUCGGUCUUCUUUCUCUUCACCUCCUCUUCUCCUCUCCUCUCUCCUCUCACUGUUUUUUUUUUCUCUUUCAAAAAUGAGCAUGACCCAGUUCGCCAUGGUUGAGGAGCUGGCUUCUCUUGUCAAGGACAAUCUUCCGUGCAAGCAUCUUGUACUGUCCGUGGAAGAAGCCUUGGUCAACUUCAUUGAGAGUGAUGUCAGCUCCUGUGGGAUCCUAGAGUUAGAACCAAUGAAUUCAUACAAUCGUCUUCUUAUGCAUCGUCUUGCAGAUAUAUUUGGAUUUUCGCAUGAAUCUGUCGGUGAAGGAGAUGAUCGGCACUUAAUUUUGGAACGAUGCCCUGAUACAUCAGUACCUUCCAUCCUUGUCAGUGAUAUUUUGUGGCAGUACGAUGAACCUCAAUCUCCACCAACAUCACAUCAAUUGUUAAGAAGAACGGAAGAGUCACCAGUGUUGAAGACAAAAUCACCUUCAGUUCAACAUUCACUUGAGGAGAGAGAAGCUGCUUAUUUGGCUGCUCGUGAGAGAAUAUUUUCAGCCAACUUAGGGGAAGAAAAAGAACCCAUCAAGCAGAAACCACGAAGUGUUCCUGUGGUUGCUCGCCGUAUGAUUGCUCAUGCUCUAGGGCAAAGAAUCAACUCACGCAAUCACGAGACCACGCACAAUGACUCAAGUGCUUCUAGAGAAACUGAUGAAUUAAACAACCAGCACAAGGAUAAAGAGGAGUCUGAUUUGAGCGUGGAAGGUUUUCAAGAAAUCCUUCACUUGUCUGGCAAAACUGAGAACUCGUGUUGUAGAGUGAAAAAGAAUAACCAUAAUACUGGUGCAUCAUCAAAUGCUGACAGUAAGGCAAGCAAAAAUAAAUCUGACAAGAUCUCAAGUGGUGUUGUUGCAUCUGGAAGAGUCAGAAAUGGUGUAAACGAGGAGCAUCACAAAAAGGAACAUCUAGGAGCUGCAAAGAGAAUGUUUGCUCAGGCCAUGGGGAAACAAGCAGGGAAGGAUACUUUUCUUUCGAAGUCCAGUGAGUUUAAGCAUGGUAAUGAAGAAUAGGGGGUCUUGAAAAUCCUUUCAGCGAAGCAUGUCGGUUUCUUGUUUACAUUUUGUUACUGAAGAGGUCUUCAGUUGCAGUUAAAUGGCAGUCGACGAGCAUGUUCUGUUUGAAGCCCUGAUGAUGAUUUUGUAAGGAGAUGUUUAUGGGCAAAACAUCAAACCUGGAGUUGAAUUCUGCAGUUGUGCGGAGAGAACGUUGUUGUAUCCCACUCGAUCAUGUGAAAGGCUGUUCUAUUUACGUGGAAGGAAAAUACACUUUUUGUGGCUCACAAGAUUGGCUCUUAUGUGAUAACUGAAGACUGAAGUCAGAGCAGGCUGCCAUGUUACAUGCAGUUUGAAAGCCAAUCAAGCAAAAUCUUUAUUAAUUUAUAGUAAAUAAUAUAUAUGUAUAGACACAAUCCUCCUCUUCUGUUUUUUACGUUUAUUCACAUCUUAACAUGUUUAACAUGUAUUAUCAGUUGCUUGGUGCCAGCUUUUUCAUUUUCUUUUUUA